AUGGAGGAGGAGAUGCCCUCAGCGGAGGAGGGGCCCAGCGUCCCCAAAAUCUACAAGCAGCGCAGCCCCUACAGCGUCCUCAAGACCUUCCCCAGCAAAAGACCCGCGCUGGUCAAGCGCUACGAGAGACCCACCCUGGUGGAGCUGCCGCACGUCCGGGCGCCCCCGCCGCCCCCGCCGCCCUUCGCGCCGCACGCCGCGGUCUCCAUCAGCAGCAGCGAGCCUCCGCCGCCACCGCCGCCGCCGCCGCCGCCGCAGCAGCAGCAGUUCCAGGCACAGAGCUCCUACCCACCCGGGCCCGGCCGAGCUGCCGCUGCCGCCUCGUCGUCGUCGCCGUCCUGCACGCCUGCGGCGUCCCAGGUCCACCUGAGGACUCCGGCGCCGCCGCCCGUCUCCCCCGCCGCCUCGUCGUCGUCCUCCUUCGCCGCCGUCGUCAGGUACGGCCCGGGCCCGGUGGCGGCCGCGGGCAGCAGCAGCAGCGCGGGCAGCGACGGCGGCAGCCUGGAGCUCAGCGCAGAGAGUCGUAUGAUCCUGGAUGCCUUUGCCCAGCAGUGCAGUCGAGUUCUUAGCCUCCUAAAUUGUGGAGGAAAACUCCUGGACUCCAACCACUCUCAAUCCAUGAUCUCUUGUGUAAAGCAGGAAGGUUCGAGUUAUAAUGAGAGACAGGACCAAUGCCACAUUGGAAAAGGAGCCCACAGUCAGACCUCAGACAAUGUAGACAUAGAGAUGCAAUAUAUGCAAAGGAAACAACAAACUUCUGCCUUUCUGAGGGUUUUCACUGACUCACUACAAAAUUACCUGCUCUCGGGGAGCUUUCCGACUCCAAACACCUCAUCAGUCAGUGAGUAUGGCCACCUGGCAGAUGUGGAUCCUCUAUCAACCUCCCCCGUGCAUACGCUAGGUGGCUGGACCUCCCCAGCAACGUCCGAAUCCCACGGUCACCCAUCCUCUUCUACACUGCCAGAGGAGGACGAGGAAGAGGAAGAAGAAGGCUACUGUCCUCGAUGCCAAGAGUUGGAACAGGAGGUUAUUUCACUGCAACAAGAAAAUGAAGAGCUCAGAAGGAAAUUAGAGAGUAUCCCAGUGCCCUGCCAGACUGUUUUAGAUUACUUGAAGACAGUACUACAGCACCACAACCAACUCAUGGUACCACAGUCAGCUGACCAGCCGACUGAGGGAAGCAAGCAGCUGUUGAACAACUAUCCUGUCUACAUAACGAGCAAACAGUGGGACGAGGCUGUAAACUCUUCAAAGAAAGAUGGGAGACGGCUCCUUCGAUACCUCAUCAGAUUUGUUUUCACGACCGAUGAGCUUAAGUACUCAUGCGGCCUUGGGAAAAGGAAAAGGUCAGUGCAGUCAGGAGAGACAGGUCCUGAAAGACGCCCUCUGGAUCCAGUUAAAGUAACAUGCCUUCGAGAAUUCAUUAGGAUGCACUGUACCUCCAACCCUGAUUGGUGGAUGCCCUCGGAGGAGCAAAUAAAUAAAGUGUUCAGCGAUGCUGUGGGUCACGCCCGGCAGGGGCGGGCAGUGGGAACAUUUCUGCACAACGGUGGCUCGUUUUAUGAAGGGAUCGAUCAUCAGGCUUCGCAGGAUGAAGUCUUCAAUAAAAGUUCCCAGGAUGGAUCUGGGGAUUAG